AUGGCCUCCUCAGUGACUGGUAACGUCAUGCCUACCGGGUGCAAGGUCUUCACCACCAUACCUGACCUCUUCUUCAUCCCUGAAUUUGUGUUUGGGGGUCUGGUGUGGACAUUAGUGGCCUCCACUCAUGUGCGGCCAGAUAACCCCCAGGGCUGGGUAAUGUUCGUCUCCAUCUUCUGCUUCAUCAUGACCACUCUCUGGUUCUUCAUUUUCAUCUGUGGAGGAAACCAAAGCAGUGUGUGGCCUGCUCUGGAUGCAGCAUAUCACUUCAUUGCUGUGGUGCUCUAUUUAAGUGCAGCUGUGGUUCUGGCUGUGGUAACCAUAUCUUUUCAGAACUCAUCUGGUACCCCUUUUUUCAAGACCUACCAGGAAAACAUUGCCGCUGUGGUGAUGGCCUAUGUUGCCACAUUACUCUAUUUCAUCCAUGCUAUCUUCUCUGCCAUUCGGUGGAAAUCCUCUUGA